AUGCAGUCGGACGAAACUUGUUUUGCCGUGGAUAGUUUGGGUUUACCAUCAGCUGCACAAACUGUCUCGGAUGAUUCGACCCAACAAAUUGAGCGAGAGCAUAUUCUCAAUAAUGCUUUCAAUUUGGUCGUUCGUUUCUGGGGAAUACAUGGACUGUUACAAAUGGUUGGAAAAGAAUACGACAAGCAAGGUGGGAAAGGAUCAUGGUUUCAGACCCAAGGAGCACAUGUAUGGGAUGUAGAAAACCCAAGAGCUGACUUUGUCGGCAGUUCAUCAUGCUGA